AUGGAUCCAGACGAUCAAUUAGAUUCUACCCGAACAGAUGCAAACGGUCAUUUUCAAUUGGCGGGGGAUGAGCGGGAAAUGACUAAUAUUGAUCCUCAAUUAAAAAUAUACCACGACUGCAAUAAAGGGAUUAACCCCUGCCCUCGUAAAUGGAUUUUGAAUCUCCCAGAUAAAUACAUAUAUUCUGGCCGUGCUCCCCCCAAAGUCUACUAUGAUAUGGGCGAAGUUAAUCUUGAGGUGGAAAUUGAGGGAGAGUCUUUUGAUUGUAUUCAUUGA